AUGGCCCAGAACCCCGCCUACACAGUGCCCCUCGUGGGUCCCCACCCCCCAAACCACAGCCAGCACACCGAAUCCACCACCACCAUCUUCCUCCCGAAUGAAGGCGCAUUCCUCAACCCCGUCCAGCACUACAACCGGGACAUGUCUGUCUCUGUCAUCAGGACGUGGAAUGAGCUGAGGAAGGAGGAGGCGGAGGCCAAGUGGGCUGCUAGGUUGGAGAAGAGAGGCGGCAAGCCCAAGCCCAAGAAGAAGAAGGGAAAGAAGAAUGCGACUGAGGCUGAGGCGGAGAAGAAGGAGGCAGAGCUGGAGGAGACUGUCGUUGCGGGGGCUGUGGAAGAGCCAGCCGAAGCUGGCCCCUCCAAUGGUGCUGGAGUCAGCAAGUUCAAAGCACCUUCUAUCAACAUUCUCGAAGCUCUUGCUGCCACUGGUCUUCGAUCUAUCCGAUACGCCAAGGAGAUUCCCAACGUCAAGUACGUCCUCGCCAACGACCUAUCCCCUUCAGCUUGUGAAGCCAUGAGGAGAAAUGUCCAAUACAACGGUGUCGGCCUGGAUUACGACCCUGCGAAGGAGUUGGAAGGAGAAGGAGAAGAAAAGGCUGAAGAGAAGAUCGAAGCAAAGGCCGAGGCGGAGACUGCCAAGGUUGAAGAGGAGAUCCAAGUCGACGAGCCUGUCAAGGCCGAGACUGCCGAAGCUCCCUUCAAACCCGCUGCUCCCGAGCCCGAACCCAGAGACCCCGUUGGCCGCAGGCCCAACUGCCGAGGCAAGGUCAAGAUCAACGAAGGCGACGCUUGUGCUUUCAUGUACAACCACCGAGCUGCUGUGGGCCCUACGAGCCGAGUGGACGUCGUGGAUCUGGAUCCUUAUGGCACAGCUGCGCCAUUCUUGGAUGCCGCGAUUGGAUGUAUCGCUGAUGGCGGUCUGCUCGCAAUCACCUGUACCGACCUGGCCGUUCUCGCCGGCCAGCAAUACCCCGAGAAAUGCUUCUCUAACUACGGCGGUACCAACGUCCACGCUGAAUUCACCCACGAAGCCGCCCUCCGACUCGUCAUGCACUCUCUCCAACAGACUGCUGCCCGAUACGGCCGCUACGUCACACCCAUGCUCUCCUUCUCUAUCGACUUUUACGUCAGGCUCUUUGUGCGCGUGCACACGGGACCAGAGCAGGUCAAGCAGUUGGCUAGCCAGACUGGUGUCGUCUACACUUGCCAGUUCUGCCAGACGCCUGUGACUCAGCCUUUCGGCAAGGUCAUUGUGAAGAAGAGCCAGAAGGGUGCGGAGUUGAAUUCGUUCAAGACUAUUGCUGGGCCUACUGCUGGUCAUGGAUCGUCUUGUGAAGAGUGCGGUGGUACCAUGCACAUCGGCGGUCCCCUCUGGCUCGGUCCCCUCCAAGACAGCACCUUCGCCAACCGCGUCCUCAAAGAGAUCGAAGCCACCCAAGGCGACUACAAGACCUACAACCGAAUGCACGGCAUGCUCUCCCUUGCGGCACAAGAACUCCCCGACCUCUGGUUCUUCACCGCCAACCGUAUCGCCAAAUCCGUCAACAUGUCUUCCCUCCCCCUCACAAAGGUUUUGUCAGCAUUGCUCAAUGGGGGAUGGAAAGUGUCGAGGAGCCAUUGUUCGCCGGGGGCGGUCAAGACGAAUGCGCCGAGAAGCUUUUUGUAUGAUAUGAUGAGGGAGGAGGCAAAGACUGUGCCGGUCAAGUUGAGUAAUGUGGCGGAAGGAAGCCCGACGAGGGUGCUUUUGGCCAAGCCCAUGACCCAUGUGAUUGACUUUACUCCCCAUCCCGAAGCUUCUCUUGACCGUCAAGGCAAGGAAACAUUUUACCAAAUCAACCCCACCCCCAACUGGGGCCCUGCCCCGAGAGCCAAAUCUCUCUACGAGCACGGCGCCAAUGGCAAGCGCAAGGCUGCCGAGCAACAGGGCGAGGAAGUUGUGCAGGAGGAAGAAGGGAGUGCGGGGAAGAAGGUCAAGGUUGAGGUGGAGGUGGAGAUUGCGGAGGAGGAUAUGAUGAAUGCUUAG